AUGACUUUUCAUCUAUCCUCUCUAUUCUCUUCCGGCAGCAGUUCGAAUUCACAAGCCUGUGCCUCGUUCUCGAUUCGCGCAGCACCAUGGGAUGGAACAAAGAUCUUAGUCCACCCGGCAGGCUAUCCCAUCGAUGCUCCCCCGAUGUACACGAUUGCGAUAUCCUCCUCGGGCAAAAGUAACGUUAUUGUGUCUCGUGGAUGGGGUGGCGGUCCCUGGGACGUUGUGGGCGACGCUCAACUCCCAAACUUUUCUUCCAAGAUUCGUCUCAAUAUCCACGGUCAACAGACAGAGAUGCGCUACAGCGAAAUGUCCGGCAACUCGACGUUCCAAUCACCUUCCAUGGGUAAACUGAAGUGGAAACUCGAUCCAAUGUCUACCAAAAAGAUGGACUUGGUGAAUGAUCAUGGCACAAGGGUGGCCAAUGUCCAUGGUGGGAAGGCAUCCGGCGAGAAGAUACUGGAUAUUCUCGUCCCUCACGACAUCUUCUUCCUGGAGAUGGCACUGCUAUCUGGCUGGGCCAACAGAGCCCAGAAUAAGACUGCACUGGAGACAUCGGGGGAAGUGCUGGGCGCUGUGCUAGGUGCUUAA